AUGGUGGAUCAGAGGAAACUAGAAUCUAUAAUCGACUGCCACACCACCGUAAGCCACCAUCAACAGCCAGCCAUAAUGGAGAAUAACCAAGAACAGCCCUCAACGGAAGGUUCAAACGGAUCGCAUUCAUCCAUAAUAACCAAGAUCAAUGCUGGCUACUUCAGGAUAUGCAUAUCUGCUGGUGCCCAAGCUUUACUUUGGAAAAGUAUAAACCAACACCACCGGACCUCAAACCUCCACACCAUUAUCGCCACCACCUCCACAGUCUUCUGGUGCCUAACGCUAUGCACCCUCGUGUUUCUCUCUCUUCUCUACAUAAUGAGAUGCAUUUUCUACUUUGACCUCGUGAAAGCCGAAUGUUGUCACCAUGUAGGCAUGAAUUAUUUGUUUGCACCUUCGAUUUCAUGGCUUCUGUUACUCGAGUCCACCCCUUUGUUCGUUUUCCCAGAUAAGCAUGUCUAUGGAUACAUAUGGUGGUUGCUAAUCGUUCCAUUGUUGGCUCUUGAUGUUAAGGUCUAUGGGCAGUGGUUCACAGCUGAGAAGCGAUUUCUCUCUAUCAUGGCUAACCCUACGAUCCAAAUAUCUGUAAUAGGGAACUUGGUAGCAUCGUUAUCAUCCCAUGUAGCAGAUGAGACAGGAUGGAAGGAAAUUCGGAUUUGUCUGUUUACAUUUGGGAUGACACAUUAUGUAGUGGUAUUCAUCACGCUUUACCAGAGGUUAUCGGGGAGUAAUCAUAUUCCGUCUAAUCUCAGACCUGUUUUCUUCCUCUUUGUAGCCACCCCGAGCAUGGCUACUUUAGCUUGGGAAUCCAUUAAUGGAAGCUUUGAUAUCAUUUGCAAGAUGCUCUUUUUUCUAUCACUCUUUCUUUUUGUAUCUUUGACAAGUCGACCAUUGCUUUUUAAGAAAUCGGUGAGAAGGUUCAGUGUGGCAUGGUGGGCAUUCUCAUUCCCACUCACUUUCCUUGCUCUUGCUUCCAUAUCGUAUGCUCAACAGGUGAAGGGCAAGGCAACAGUCGGAUUGGCGAUCCUUUUAUCGGGUAUUUCGGUUCUUGUGUUCAUUUCUUUGUUUGUUUGUUCCAUAUUGAAGAUUCAUUUGCUUGUUCACAAACCAACCCUUAUUUUCUCCACUAGUUUAGGGUCUACAAAUGUGUAAUGUUUCAUAAUCCUUGUAAUAUAUCUUUUGUUGUGUUAACUAAAUCUUGAAUAAUGUGAUAUAUUUAAUUUCUUUUAAUCCCCACGCCAUAUGUAACAAUUGGUUCAAAAGUGGUAUCCUUAUAAAAUUUAAUUGCCAAGAGGUGGAAUCUCAGCAGUCAGCAGUGUGGGGCAACGUAAAGUGGCCUCAUUGUGGGUACUACGCUCAUAUGUAACCACCAAGCUGUUAUGUGCAUUUCACAUGAUUCUCCUGGAUGCGACGAUGUGAGAAGUGUAUGGAUUUUUGGAAGAACCUUUUUAAAAAAAAUUCAAACUAAUCUAUAUGAAACUAAGUAGAUUUAAACAUGUAAAAAUAAUUUGUUAAAAACGAAACGUCUCAAACACAUCAUGAUAUUAACUAGGAAAAGGCCCGGAGGUUGCACGAGUCACUCUUUUUAAAAAAUAAAAAAUAAAAAAAAAUGGUAGAAAAAUAUGUUAAAUGAAAAUUCCCAAAGAAUAAAAAAAAAUUGAUUGAAUUUAUAAACCUUUUAAAAAAACAUAUGACGAAAGUCUGAAUGUUAAAAAGUAUGUUGAUUAUAGAAGAAAAAAAAAGUAUCAAAAAUAAAAUAACGUUGAAAAAUGGGAGACAAAAUUGUAAAUGGAUUAAAGAAACAAAGCAUUUUUUAGAAAAUAUAAAAAACAUGUAACAAAAGUCACAACUGAGUCAUUUUAGAAAAAAAAAAUAAUAGAAGAAUACGAUAGACAAAAAUAAUAAAAAAUAAAAAAAUGGUUGUACAAAAGUAAAAGUGAAAUUUUAAUACCAAAAAUAUAAAAAAGUAAAAUUAAAAUGGUAAAAUU